AAGCGCAACCAACUCUUCUGGUUAGAGUGUCCAUUUUGAUCACAUGUGAGUAUCUCCAGUCUGUUCUCCUUUUUUCACGGUGAGUCUAGUUGAAUGACUUGUGAUCGCUUGAGUAAGUUUAUAAAACGUGUGCUGAAAGCUCCAGAAAAUAGAGAGCUACAUUAUUAGAAACCAGUUGAUAUCCGUGAUACCUCGAACCUUCUUCGAGAGUCGGCAACUUCGACGACGAACCGCACGCAAUCCUUUUCGCGCCAUCUUCUCGAGGAAAACGGUGAAAAAACCGCAGUAAACUCGUCCUCGAAGGUAAUUCGACUUUCACGAGGAUCUCCGGUUGAUUUUUCAUAGAAAAGCUUUGAUAAUUAGGGAACUGUCAGUUGGGUUGAAACUUUGAUUAAUAAAGAAACUAAGGAUGGCAGACAUAGAGGAUACUCACUUCGAAACUGGAGACUCCGGUGCUUCUGUAACAUACCCAAUGCAGUGUUCAGCACUGCGUAAAAAUGGGUUCGUAAUGCUCAAAUCCCGGCCAUGCAAAAUCGUAGAAAUGUCAACUUCUAAGACAGGAAAGCAUGGUCAUGCUAAAGUGCAUCUUGUAGGCAUUGACAUUUUUACUUCAAAGAAAUAUGAGGAUAUAUGCCCUUCAACGCACAAUAUGGACGUGCCGUUCGUUAAACGAGAAGACUACCAGCUAGCAGAUAUAUCCGAUGAUGGCUACUUAUGUCUGAUGGCUGAUAACGGAGAACUUCGUGAGGAUUUGAAAAUUCCUGAUGGUGAACUAGGUGCUCAGUUACGUGCUGAUCAUGAGGCUGGGAAGGAGCUUCUUUGCACUGUACUGAAAGCCUGUGGUGAAGAAGUCGUGAUCGCCAUCAAAACCAACACUGCCAUCGAUAAAUAAUUGUGUUCAGUCCAAAAUCCACCAUCACAUUAAAGAAAAAACAAAACACACACAGCUAAUAUAUUAUUAAGCGAAACCUAAGAUACAAUACAAGAUGAUCAGUGGUUAAAAUAAGAACUACCAACAACAAAUAAGAAAGGAAAGAAGUGGGGGGCACUUGAAAAUGAAUAAAAAGAAGGAAAAUGAAACAAGGAAAAGGAAAGAGACAAACAUAAUUAAAAAACGAAAGGAAGAGCAAAGCGAACGUACGUGAGCGUGUAAGUGUGAGGGAGGAGAGGAUUACAAAUAACGCAAAAGAAUAACAAAUAAAAGAGAAUAAACCAGGAAACAGUAUCAGCUUAGACCUUGAAAAAAGGAUGUUUUGGCGGUUUAAAUAUUGAGAUUAAAAGGCAAUUUUGACAGUCGGAAAUUUGGAAAGAAUAUUUUGCCUUUAUUUGUAAUUUUUAAAACUUCAGUGUAGUUAGAAUUCUAUUUCUAUUGGAAUUCCGAUUGUUUUACAAUAAUUAUUAUACUAAAUUCUUACUACAAUCUGAACGUUCUUGAAAUUCCAUUACACUUAGAAUUCUAAUUAUCUAAAAAGUUUGAUUCCCUUACAAUAACCCUUUCUCUCUAAAUACUUCGAUUAAAAUUUAAAGUUUUUCUUAAAUUUGAUUUUCAAAUUUUCUACCAUGCUCAAAUUACAACUCUAAUGGACUUAGAUAGAAUUCCAACCUUUGAAUAAUGAUACCUAUGAUAUCCCUAAUUUUGUUGGAAUUGCUUCUUUUUUUUUAUUCAAAUUCAAAUUUUUUUCUUAUUAAAACUCAUUGUUUUAGAAUAUCUGACCUGAUUCUAAAUUCCUAUCCCAUAAUUUUGAACCCUUUCCAAUACGUAAUGUUAAUCUAACUCUCUACUAAGUUCUCAGUAAUGUUUUCUGUAAUUGAAAUUUCAUUUAAAAAGUUGAUACUUCGAUAGAAGUCCUUUAUAUUUUCUCUUAAUCUGUAACUUUUUUUUAUUGACUACUGACUUGUUGAAAUUUGUUCUUGCGUAGGUUGUUUAAACCCUUGAAACUUUUUGCAAUUUUGUUUACAAUUAUGAUUUGAUAAGAAUCACUACAAUUAGAUGUGUAUUCUAAUUUUUGAAAUGUAUGAUGAAUGUCAAAUUAAUAUUUGUCACUUAAGACUCAAGUGUAAUUCUUUAAUCGAGGUUCUAGAAUUUAAUAUCCAAUUACGAAUUCUGGAAAUUAACGUUAAAUGUAGAUCUGAAAAGAAUUACAUCAAAUUUUUAUAAAUUUUUGUAGCGUCA